AUGUCGCCAGAUUCUGUUUCAAGUCAAAAUCGAGAGCAUGAAGCUCUGGCAGCGGUGCUCGAGCACCUCGUCUCUUCUGGCCCAGUACAUGAGACCGACGACAAACUGCACCAAGGCACAUCAGAUCACACAGCAAUCACACCCGGUCCUAUAUCAGUUCAGAAGCACACGCAUUGGUGGGGACGCUUCUUCCCUGGCUCGCUCGAGUCGACCCUAGACCGCCUGUUCGCAAGCUACCAUAUGGGCAACUACGUCGCCAUUCGAGGUCAGCCAGGCCAGAAGAUCUUCGAGAGCAUGCCCAUUUAUGUUCGUAUCGGCAUGCAUCUUCUCUUCUACAAAAGCAAAGAGCAAUCGUUCCUGCGAUACAAGUCAGUCGAAGAUCUGCUCAAGGCUGUCUCGAUCCGACAGGGGAAAGUGUACGAUGACGAGUCGAACCCACAGGCGGUGUUGGAGCAUAUUCAAAGCUUCAUCUCGACCUACUCGAUCGAUUUGGACGAGCUCUUGCAGCCAGAUCCGUCACUGUAUCCCAGCUUCAACUCAUUCUUCUUCCGCAAAUUGAAGCCAGGAGCAAGGCCGAUAGCCGAACCAGACAACGCAGCGGUCGUUUCAUCGUGUGCUGAUUGCAGACUGACAGUGUUCAAUGAUGUCGCAGAGUCGACGCAAUACUGGAUCAAAGGCCAAGGCUUCACUCUGAACAGGCUUGUCGGCGACACAAACUUGGCGGACCGUUGCUUCCCGCCAGGGAGCUCGCUGGCCAUCCUCCGACUCGCACCAGCCGACUACCAUCGGUACCACCACCCUGUUGGUCCUGUUGUGUGUGGACCGACAAAGCACGUUCCGGGAGAAUACUUUACUGUCAACCCGCAAGCCGUCAACGCCGGCUUUGACGUAUUCUCUCAGAACAGACGAGACGUGGUUGUGCUCAAUUGGUCCCCUAAGGGUGAUGGAGGCCCUGCGGUUCCAGUCGCCUUUGUUGCCAUUGGGGCUAUGCUCGUUGGAUCGAUCGGCUGGACCAAUGCUAAUCAGGGUACCUCUGCAAAGCGAGGCGAGGAGCUAGGCUGGUUUGCUUACGGUGGUUCGACCGUCGUCUGUGUCUUCCCACCCGAGGCCAAGGUCAAGUGGGACCAGGAUCUCUUGGACAAUUCGCUAGCUGGUCUCGAGACCAUGGUUCGUGUUGGAGACCGUAUCGGCAUCUCGAAUACAUAG